UCUAAAAGACAGACGUGAGAAAGAUAGACAUUUCAGUCCACCAUUUCCCUUCACAACCAACCUCUAUAAAAGCUUCAAAUUCACUCUUAAACCCCACCAACCACCCAUUGUUUUCCCGUCUAAGCUAAGCAAAAACCAACUCCAAAACCCCCAAAUUUAGCUCCCAUUCUCUUCCAAUUCCCAACCAAUCUUCAACUAAAACUUUCACACACCAAAACCCUAAUCCCAUUUUCCAGAUGAAAAGGUCUCACAUUCGCAUUCCUCUCUGCUUCAAUCGCAAAUGGGUCAUCCCAUUAUCCCUCAUAUCAACAAUCUCUCUCAUCUUACUCCUCACAACAAACCAAGGGCACCACAAAUCACCUCCAUCUUUUCCCAAAUCGGAAGCUUCGGCUUCGACGGCUUCCCUGCUGAAGCCGCCGGAGCUGCCGAGAUUGGCGUACUUGCUAUCGGGGACGAGGGGCGAUGGGCGGCGGCUCAAGCGGCUGCUUCAGGCGGCGUACCACCCGAGGAACUACUAUCUGCUGCACCUUGAUCUGGGAGCUUCGGCCGCCGAGCGGCUCGAGCUGGCUAGGGAUGUGAAGUCGGAGGCGGUGGUUGGGGAGUUUGGGAAUGUGAUGGUGGUGGGUAAGGCUAAUCUGGUGACGUAUAAGGGUCCGACGAUGGUGGCGUUGACGCUUCAUGCGGUGGCGAUAUUGUUGAAGAAGGCGAAGUGGGAUUGGUUUAUAAAUCUCAGCUCGGAGGAUUAUCCUCUGAUGCCUCAAGAUGAUCUCCUCCACAUAUUCUCAUACUUGCCCAGGGAUCUGAACUUCCUCGAGCACACAAGUAAUAUUGGUUGGAAAGAGAUUCAAAGAGCAAGGCCUAUCAUUAUAGAUCCAGGCUUGUACCAUUCACAGAAAUCUGGUGUAUUUUGGGCCAAAGAGAAAAGAUCUAUGCCUUCUUCAUUCAAGUUAUUCAUGGGGUCUUCAUGGGUGGUGCUUACAAGACCAUUUCUUGAAUUCUGCGUUUGGGGUUGGGAUAAUCUUCCGCGCACUCUUCUCAUGUACUACACGAAUAUCCUUUCAUCACCGGAAGGCUACUUCCACACAAUUGUCUGCAACCAUAAAGACUUCCAGAACACCACAGUAAACCAUGACUUGCAUUAUAUCAGGUGGGACAAUCCUCCGCAGCUACACCCAAUGAAUCUGACGUUGGAGCAUUUCAAUGACAUGGUCCAGAGUGGUGCCCCUUUUGCGCGUAAGUUUGAAAAGGACGAUCCUGUUCUGGACAAAAUUGACAAGGAACUUUUAAGGAGACCGGAUGGGCGGUUUACACCCGGGGCUUGGUGUGCGAAAUAUUGGGGUGUAGAGAAGGAUCAUUGUGUACUUCACGGGAGUCCACAUGUGGUUAAACCUUCUGUGAGUUCAAAAAGGUUAGAGACACUUAUUGUGAAGCUCAUUGAUUCAGAAAAUUUCAGGACUAAACAGUGUAAAUAAUGCUGUAAAUGUAAUGCUUCAUUUGCUCCACAAUUUUGCAUCCUGUCUUGGUGGAAUGCAUGUGUGGGAAGGCUUUGCAUGGUUUCAUUCACUUUAUUUCUUCCUCUUCUUUUCUUUUUCUUUUAUAAAUUUAAGAUUCAAACACGAGUUUUAGUGUUUCAAAUCUAUGAAAAUCUUCAGUAUAUCCAAGUCCACUCUUCCAAA